CGCCAUACCUACUCCACCUUCCUUCAUUUUCUCCUUCAACCCUCUUAACUCUCAAAACAAUCCAUCCACCCCAAACCCAAAUCAUGGAUCGUGAGCAAGAAGAGAUGCAAUUCCUCGGACUCUUUGGAAUCUACAAAGAAUCCUAUAAGAUCAUCCUAACAUGGAGGAAAAUCUUCAGCCAAAUCACCUUCUCAUUAAUCCUACCUCUAUCAUUCAUCUUCCUAGCUCACAUCCAAGUCUCCGACCUCCUCUUCUCCAAGAUCAUCAACAACCAAGUAGAACUCGACUACACACGCGAUGGCACCGCCCGACACGAUAAGCUCUCCAACAUCAUAUCCACCGAAUGGGCAUAUUUUUGGCUCUUCAAAGCAAUCUACUUCACCUUCCUCCUCAUCUUCUCCCUCCUAUCAACCUCCGCGGUGGUUUACACCAUCGCUUGUGUUUACACCGGUCGCGACGUCUCCUUCAAGAAGGUGAUGAGUGUUGUCCCUAAGGUUUGGAAGAGACUCAUAGUCACUUUCUUGUGUGCUUUUGUUCUAAUCUUCGCUUACCAUAUAAUAGCAGUAUUUAUCUUCAUUGCAUCAAUGCUUAUGGCACCAACUAGGGGUGCUAGAUGGUUUGUGAUUAUUAUUAUAUCUGGAUUUUACAUAGCGGGGCUUGUUUACUUAAGCAUCAUAUGGCACUUGGCCAGCGUCGUAUCGGUACUCGAAGAGGCUUAUGGAAUUCAAGCAAUGAUGAAGAGCAAAGCUUUGAUCAAAGGGAAGAUGUGGGUGGCUGCGAUUGUGUUCUUCUUGCUGAGUUUGUCACUUGGAACUCUGCAGUUUGCUUAUAGGGUGUUGGUUGUUUAUGGUGGGGAGAAAAUAGGCAUUAGGGUAUUUUAUGGGAUUAUUUGCGUUUUGGUGCUUUUCAAGCUGAUUUUGUUUGGAUUGGUUAUUCAGACUGUGAUCUACUUCGUCUGCAAAUCUUACCAUCAUGAAAAUAUCGACAAGUCUGCUUUGUCGGAUCAUCUGGAGGUUUACUUGGGAGAAUAUGUUCCUCUGAAGGCGAAAGACGUUCAAUUAGAACAUUUUGAGGCUUGAUUCACAAUGUUUGCUUGUAGAAAAUUAUUAUGUAAUUUUCGUUCAUAUUGACCUCUCAGGCCAUCCAUAUUGAUGCCCGGUCGUCUUUUACUUUGCUCUUAUAUAUAUCCCAUGUUUAUAAAAAAAAAAAAAACAAAAACAAAUGGGAAACAUAUAUGUUGUUUUUGGUUGUAUGAAUGAUAUGAAAUUUGUAGUCUUUAAGCAUUUAAGCUUCC